AUGUUCGCCAGGGCCACAUCCGGAGACAAAAAGAACAAUAAUCGCUUUUCCCCAUGCAGUCUGAAGAGCAUCAAUCCGGUGUUGAAUUUCAAAGCGCGAUCCCCUAAAGGAUGCUUUACAGAACCAAAGGAAGCCAUUUGUGGAAACGGCGUUGUCGAAGAAGGAGAAGAAUGCGAUUGUGGAUGGGAAGAAGAUUGCAGAGACCAAUGCUGCUUCCCGAUGAGGAGGUAUGCAAGUAUAGAUGAACCCCCAUGUCGGCUAACACCCAGAAGUGCUUGCAGUCCCUCACAGGGACCGUGCUGCACGUCGAAUUGUCAAGUCAAAUUCGGAGACAAAUGCAGAGAUGACAAUGGGUGUAGGGAUGAGAGCUUCUGCAAUGGCAGGGACCCACAAUGCCCUCCAUCGAUCAAUAAACCAAACAAAACCAUCUGUAACAAGGAGUUCGUCUGUUUCAUGGGGGAAUGCACCGGUUCCAUAUGCUUGGCAUACGGUUUGGAAUCGUGUCAAUGCAUUCCGUCGAAGAGUGAUCCCAAAACAAAAGCGUGUGAAUUGUGCUGUAAGCUUCCCGGUGAUAAUCAACCUUGCCUUUCUUCGUUUGAAUGGAACGACAUGCCCUACGAUAUACCCGAUAUGUAUUCUAAACCUGGAACGCCUUGCAACAACUAUAUUGGUUAUUGUGAUGUUUUCCAAAUGUGCCGAGAAGUGGAUCCAUCAGGACCUCUAGCCACACUUCGUAAAUUAUUGCUCUCUGAAGAAAGUAUUGCCAGUUUUAAGAAAUGGAUUAUCGACUAUUGGUAUGCAGUAGCCGCAAUGAUUAUAGCAGUAGUAACAUUAUUAGUACUAAGCACCAAAUAUUUGGGCAAGAAGCCGAAUUUAAAGUUAAAAUCUGUCACCAUUAUUCACAAAUCACCCGCCGAAGCAGUAAGACUACCCACCGACGGUGAAGGCGUAACCAUCCACCCCGGCGUACGUUCCAAAUUACCAUUAAAGCGCAAAGUAAGAGACGGCAAAACGAAAAGAAAACGAAAAAGUAAAGUUGAAUCCAUCAACAACAACCUCAACAGCCCAAACAAGUCGAAAGUUUCUCCCAAGAAAAAGAAAAGAGUAUCAGCAGCCGUAGGGGCCGAAGAAGCGAAAAACAAGCCCGUCGAUACGAAAGUCUUCGAAGUGCCAAGCAACAAAGUGAAGAAACCUUCACAAGCCAAACCCGCCAAAAAGAAGAAAAAGAAAAACGAGAUUAUAGACUACAGCAGCAUCCAAGCGGAUCUGGACGGCAAAAAGGGAUCCGAUGUGAUAAUCACGCCUUUGACUCCCGAAUCGGAUCCGGUAGGUAAGGUGCAAAACUGGCUGCUCAAGUCGCAGUACGCGUUGCCAAAAUCGAAAUCCACACCGGUCGGAUUAACCGACAAGACGCGAAGGAGUCCGCACAAGCGUCCUACGAUCAGACCUAGGACGGACAAAAGCAAAUCGCACAGUGUUGGCAACAUUCCGAACGAGAAAGAGAAAGUUCGCUUGCAAGUAGUGUACAAACCUCCGUUUAAAUUUAGUGUUAAGUUGCGAAAACCGGAAAAGACUAGUGUGAUCAUCGAGCGCGUGCCGGACGCUGUCCGAAAGCCCGAGAAGGCUCCUAGAACAGGCGUGCUCGUGCGUACCGUGAAAGAAUUAGAGAAACCUCCGGUUCCGCCGGCUAGAGAACCGAGUGCGGCACCGAUCGCAACUCCUAGUGCGGACGUAGUGGACGCUGCCGAGCUUAACGUUAAUUCCAACAUUGAUUCCAAUAUCCAUACCGUCCAAUCCGACCUUGAAGUACUCUUAUCUGAAAGUGAAUUUUUGUUUUCAGAUGACUGA